CGCCGGGUCCCUGGCCGCCACCCAUUGUAAACACAGAACGGGGACUAGCGUGUGCUUUUCUGCCGCCAACGAGUGAACCACACAAGGUACGACGACGACCUGCAGACAGGAACAGACGUCAUAGCGAUAUAAUUUUCGAACCUUGGGCAUAGCUUCUGCCAGUGUCCUAUUAUUAUACAACAUGUCUCAAUUAGAUCCGCUACCUAGGGACCUUCCCUUUCGUUUAGUGUCGAAGACAGUCGGACGAGGAGCUUAUGCUUCAAUUAAGAAAGCCGUACCACUCGAUUCGCAAGAACCCGUCUUCGCCGUUAAACUUAUACACAAGGGCUAUGCCACCAAACAUGGACGAGUCUCAAUAAAGCAACUGGGCAUGGAAGUGUCCUUGCACUCCCACAUUGGCCAGCAUCCCAACAUUAUCGAAUGGUUUGCUUCUGGCGAGGACAACGUGUGGAAAUGGAUCGCCAUGGAGUAUGCGCAGGGAGGUGACCUGUUUGACAAGAUUGAGGCAGACGUCGGAGUUCGUCAGGACAUUGCCCAGGUCUACUUUGUGCAGCUUGUCAGCGGUGUCAGCUUUAUGCACUCCAAAGGCGUUGCUCAUCGCGACCUCAAGCCUGAAAACAUCCUUCUAGCCGAAGAUGGAAGUCUGAAGCUGGCUGACUUCGGCAUGGCAACCAUGUUUGAAUAUAAAGGGCAGCGCAAACAGAGCUCAACCCUCUGUGGUAGCCCACCAUAUAUCGCGCCUGAGAUUUUGGCCUCUGGUAGGACAGACAAGAAAUCGUCAAGCAGCGGUAAAUACUCUCCCGAUUUAUCGGAUAUCUGGUCAUGCGGCGUCAUCCUCUUCGUCUUGCUUGUCGGCAACACACCUUGGGACGAGCCCUCCAACAAUAGUUGGGAAUUCCAAGAUUAUGUCAAGAAUUCUGGAAAGAGCACCGACGCCCUAUGGGACAGAAUACCACCCGAGGCGCUCUCUCUGCUCAGAGGCAUGAUGUCUAUUGAUACAGGAAAGCGCUUCAGCUUCCCUCAAAUCCGACAACAUCCUUGGUACACACGCCACAACGACCUACUCACAUCGGACGGUAAGGUUGCUGAUCCCAUCAACCUCGCCACACAAAUGCUCGAAAACCUCCGAAUCGAUUUCACAAAACCGACGAAGCCAAUUGUUCGUUCCUCGGCUGAUGAUAUGGACGUCGACUCUGGUCUCAACGCUGGCAAAUUCUCUUCUACGCAGCCCGAGGCACCCAUAACAGACACAGAUUGGGACUGGGAGCGCCCUGCCUUGCGAUCCAUGGCUGCACCAUCUUCGACGAUGCCUACGCGCGACUCUGACACCCGUCGCAUGCUACUCAAUUCCCUUGCGGACGAGCCGUCAAUGUCGCAGUUUUCUCAGGUACCCGGUCCUUCGAUGACUUUAACGCAACAAGCCCGCCGCUUCCGUGAUAUCUGCCCGGCCGAAUCUCUCACUCGCUUCUUCUCACACGUACCUCCUGCCCAUCUUAUUCAAAUGCUCAGCGAUGCCCUUCAUCAGCUGAACGUCCCGUUGGCACCUGUCACACCCAAUCUCUACUCACAUGCCAUCGCCAAUAUCAAGGUGAAAACGGUAGAUGGUAGACAGCAGAAUUUGCACGGAGAGAUUCACGUCGAUAAGCAGUCCAUUGGAGAUGGCAUGGAGAUUCUCGACGUCAGAUUUACGAAAGUCAAAGGCGAUCCCCUUGAAUGGCGUCGCUUCUUCAAGCGCGUCGUGGUGCUCUGCAAGGAUGGCGUAUAUACACCGGAUGCUUAGCGGGCCAUUCCGAUGAUUUUUGAGGAUUAUUACUGCGUAUCAGAAGUGUCAAAAGUUGAAGCAUGAUGGGUGCAUAAUCACAGGAUGCUUUUUAUUGGAAUAGAAUUUUUUCUUGCAUGAAACCAAGUCUUGGUAAUGAAAAAGUAAUGACUCUUAAUAGACCACACUUUAUUCUUUUCUGAACCCUGGCCCUAUAUAUAUGUCACACCAUCGUCCUAUACGUUCCAACAUAUCGAUCCAAAAUCUCUGAUCCUUAAUAUCGUGUUCUUGGCCUGGAUAACGCACAAAUUCAUAGGGCAGGCUAUACGCAUGUAAAGCUCUUCGAAACGCCUCAGAUUGCGAAAACGGGCAUGAUGUAUCAUCACUUCCAUGCACUAUAAGCAUCGGUGGUAUGACGACCUCGUUUCGAAGCGUAGCCUCACGUACAGCUGCUUUGAUCUCCCAGAGUGCACUGCCAUUACGAUUAUGCAGGGAAUCGCGCUCCAUAGUCCACACCAGGUGUCCAUUAUUUUGUUCAUUGUCAAGAGUAGACCCCAUCUCUGCAGCCCCAGCAAGACUGUCGAUAUCAGAAACACCAGCUCCAGCAAUGCCAGCAUUGAAACGCCAGCCGAGACCAUGUAACCCGUUUCUCACCGCUGACAGAAAGGUUAAGAACCCUCCCUGGCUGUAUCCUCCGACAAUCAUACGCUCUUUAUCAACCAGGCCCUUUUUAAUUGCUUCAUCUGUAAUUUUGAUGACAUCUUGGUAAUCAACAUCCCCUACACCUCCGAUGGUGUAAGAAGCGAAUCUCUCGCCUCUCCCUCGAGAACCACGAUACUGAGGUAGAAGAAUACCAUACCCUUUUGAUAAAAUAAACGGUGUCCAAAAGUAAUAAUAAGCAUUGAAUGCAUUGGUAUUUCGGACGGCUGGACCACCAUGGAUCAUUACGAACGUCGCCAAAGGGUUUGUUGCGUCGUAUCCGUCUGGUGUCAAAUACACCCCGUCAAGUUCUUCCUUGUCGUCUGCAGAUCUGCACUGAAAUACUUGGAUAUUUCCAAAUUUGCGAUCCUUGAACGCGCUUCCAUGGUUUGAGAGUUGAAUUCGAUCUUGUCCUCGAAGAGUGUAAACCUCAAAUGGGUUAUUUACAUCAGACAGCGCCACUGCCAGAGUUCGAGUCUCAGCAUCGGCGUCAAAUACAUCCCAAGCAUAUACAUCGGUAUCGAUAGUAUAAAUGGUGUUUCCUGACACCGUUGUUAUACAUGUAUCAAGACGUUUCUGACAACUCAGAAGCAGUCUCUCUUGGCACAAUCGCAGACUUUGAGCGUCGUCAUCCUCUCCACAGGCAACCCUUUCAGGCAUCCCAGAGUUGGUGUCAACAUCUAAAGAGUAUAAAGCUUGGCCAGCUAUCGUAUUCUCUAUAGGCGACCCAGUAAUGAAAUGUAUAUGGCUGUCCAGAGACCAUGUGAAGUCUAAGAGCUCGUUUUUAAUCACACAAAGUUUGGAAACUUGCCCGUCACAGAAGUCAUAAAUGGAUAUACUCAUGCCUGUUAAGAAUGGUUCUUCGAUGUAUGGUGUUUUACAGCUUUUGAAAGCCAAUUUAUUCCCAGUUGGGUUCCAGGACAUGCCAGUAACAUGGCAAUCGCCCAGCGACAGCGUGGUGACUUCUUG